GAGCACAAGGACAGAUGCAAAACAUCGAUGUCUGUGCAUGUCUAUCCGUCAAUAUCUUUGCACGCGCAUCACACGCAAUCAAUUUAGAGAUUAAUUUUUGGUCAUUUCGUACGAUUCAAAUUCAAAUUUCAAAACCACCUACGAACGCUUGCAGGACACUGAUUCAACAGCUACUCUUUCUCUGUCUCGCUCGCUCAACGGGUUUAAGGUUUUUUCCUCAAAGGGUUCUUGCUUGGAGCCAUGCAUCGACGCCGUCGUCACCAUUCCGGUUCGGCAAAUGGGCCUACACAUGAUCAACAAUUAGAAGCGGAACAAAUCCAAAGUUUGAUUGAUCAAAGGAUCAAAGAGCAUCUUGGUGGUGCAGGAUCCCAACAAGUUGGUGCUGCUUUCAACCAGCAUCUUGACUCUUACACACAGAGACCUUGUCUUCCAGUCAUGCUUCCAACUGGUAUGCCUGCGUAUGGAUCACAAAUGCCCGAAGCCGAACAAACCCAAAGUAUGAUAACUUUGAUUGAUCGGAGGAUCAAAGAUCAUCUUGGUGCUGCAGGAUUCCAACCAGCUGUUAUUCCAGGUUACGGUGGUCAGCCAUUGAGUCCUCCACCAACUGUGCCUGGGGGAACAACCCAUACUUCAAAUGCCCCCCCUAAUCCAGGAGCUAUGUCUCAAGGAAAUCCAACAACGCUUGUAAGUGGGGCAGUUGAUGGAUAUAACAGUAACGAAGAUGCCUCGGUUUUACAGAGACCAACUCAAGGUAGUAGUACCACCUCUUCAUGUCUUCUUAACAAUGAGCGAGAGUCUUCGUACCUCGCUGAAUAUGUGCGAGAAGCAAAGAACCUAGCCAAGGGAACUACUGUUCGUUUCGGUAGCUGGAAUGUAGGGUCCUUAACAGGAAAGUUAAGAGAGGUAGUUGAUACUGCGGCUAGAAGUGGUGUAAAUAUCUUAUGCGUUCAGGAGACUAGAUGGGGACGCCUGGAUGAGGUGGAGGUGGAAGACACAGGCUUUAGGAUAUGGAACAGAGGAGGAGAAAAACCAAACGGAGUAGGCAUCUUAGUUGACAAGAGCCUUAAGAACAGAAUAUUUGGCGUUACAAGAAAAACUGGGAUCAUCCUAGUCAAGCUCAUAGUUAGUCAUAUGGUUUUGAAUGUCAUAAGUGCGUCUGCCCCACAAGUAUAUGUAAGUGAGGACGCCAAGCAGAAGUUCUGGGAAGAUCUGAAUGGCCUGGUCAGAGGUGUGCCUAGUAGUGAGAGGCUUAUCAUUGGAGGAGACUUCCACGGUCACGUUGGCAGAAGUAGGGAGGGGUUCCACAGGGUGCAUGGAGGGUUUGGGUAUGGUGAUAAAAACCAAGAAGGAGAAGAAAUCUUGAAUUUCGCUUUAGCCAAUGACCUCAUGGUAGCUAACACCUUCUUUAAAAAGAAAGAAUCCCAUAUUGUUACCUUUAUAAAUGGUGAGUACUCUAGCCAGAUCAACUUUUUUCUUGCUAGGAGAGGGGAUAGAAAGGAGUGCAAGGAAUGUAAGGUUAUACCUGAAGGAUGUGUUGUCUCACAACAUCAGCUCUUGGUAUCCGAUUUUGUCUUUGGCACCAAAACUACAUGGACCAAGUGGUGGAAGCUCGCAGAAGAUGCCCCACGGGUAUUUGAGGAUAAGACGAAGGCUGAAGGAGUUACCAAAAUUAAAGAUAGGACUGUGGCAGGAGUUACCAAAAUUAAAUAUAGGACGAUGACAGAAGGAGUUACCAAAACAAGGAGAAAAAAGAUUGGCAGGAGUAUGAAGGAUAGGAGAGGCAACCAGCCAUGGAAAGCAGGUGGCGACUGGCGUCAGAAGGUGGCUGUGGAGUCGCUUGGAGUGACGACGAAAUGGACGCGAAAGUAAAGAUAAUGUGUAUUCCCAUUUUCUAGGAUGAUCCUGUGUAGAACAUCUUGUGUGAUGGUUGAUUAUCCAAUUAUGUUUUUUUGACGGGUGCUGAGGCUUGAUCCUAGUGACCAUCUAAUCCUUCUUUUAUUAUGCUUAUAGAAACUGAUGCCAACUUUUGUGCAGAUGAUGAAAGUUGAACUCUUUAACAUAUAUAUUCUCCAGUAUGAUCUUAAAAUUCUGGUUCUGUAAAUUAUGAACCCACUGAUUCGGGUCUUAGUACAUUAUGUGUUUUGGUAACCCAUUGACAUCCA